AUGAGAGCUAAAGAUUACGAAAAUAUGGUGAAAGAGAUUGCAGAGUGGCCGAAAGGUUCAGAGAAGCAAAAAUUAGCGGAUGGACGGUGGAACUGUAGAGACUAUGGAGUAAAAGGUCCACUCGGAACCCAUUUUGCAUUUGCAUUCAAGGUGCAGAUGGUAGUCGAUAAAUACUCUAAGGCGACAGUUCUCCUGGGUUGCAAAGCAGAACUCUUUGGCCCCUCAGGAGCCACCCAGGCCAUUGAAGCUCUCAACUCUGACAUUCUUAAACAUAUUCCUCAAUCAUGUUGA